UCCAAGGAGAGGUGGCGAGCUCGACUUACCGUGUGUUGGGGUCAUGAGUGGGACUGCUCCUCUGCGAGCGAACAAAGUUCAUGAUCUUAUGCUCACCUUCACCCGGUACAGUAGCGUCGGAGAUGAUGAUCUUCAACUUCGCCCACGCGGGAUCGGUAUUUAGCUUAUAGCUCACCCAAUACCGCAAGCUGGCUGCAAGCAGAUCCAUGAAAGGGGUACCAGGCGUGAUAGAAUUCGAGUCCCACGUCUUCUUGGGCUUCUCGGCUCCAUCACCGUCACCGUCCUGGAUUUGACCUUUGGCGAGCAUCAUGGCAUGGUACUCCGCCGCCGCCGCGUCCUUUUCUGCGGCUUCCUGGGCGGAGCGGAAACGUCGCGAGCGCUGCUGGUUCAUCUUCGCUCGCGGCGCAACACCGUCAACGGCGAUCAUGAGCAGCUUGCGCGGGCGCACCAUGUUCACGACGCGGUCAGUGUACUCAAAGAUGGCAAUCAUCAUCUCCUCUUCGUUGGCAGGCGGCGGCCGGUCCUCUGGAUGUGAACAUGGAUGCACGAUGCCGUUCAUGUCUAGGUAUAGAUUGUCCAUCUCCUCGCCGUUUGGGUUCGGCUCUCGGGCGUCAAUGGGGAUUUUGGUCUUCGUGCCAUCGUCGUUUUCAAUCUCUUCCGGUAACUUCUCGAUCACCGGGCUAAUGAUCUUUGGAUACUUCUUGCUCAGCCAGCGGAAGAGCGCUGGAACACCCAUGACAGGUGGUCACUGGUCCGUUUGUGAUGGGAUCAAAUAUAUGCGGUAUCAGUGCAAUUCGAGCAAAGUAGGAUGUAGUACUGUCGCGUGCGCAGUCCCUUCUGCUGGCGCGGCGCGGCGCGGUUCCCUGCCUUAGCAACGGUGUACCGUAAGGGUGCGACUUCUCACUAAUAUGUUCUGUUGUAUUGGGCCACGCCUGAGCCGAGCAGAUGGGCUUGAUGAGGCUGCUGGCUGAUGAGAGUUGAUGCAGGUGCGAAUGCUUCGUUGCGCAGAUGUAGCGCUCGGAGGGUCUUCGCUAGACAAACACUAAGCCGCAUUGAGCCAACGUCUUAGCGCGUCAGGGUCCUUAAGGUACCAUCAAA